UCAAAACAUAAUAUUUUAGGAAGUUGUAAAAUAACCAAUGAAAAUAUUUUAGAUUAGUUGCCAACACUUUAAAAUCGAAAGUACAAUCUGGCAUGGUAGCAACGGAGAAAUCGCAACAUUAAAGCUGUAAGUUAAAAAAAGACUACUAAUCUGCCGAUUUGUUAGCCCAUUUACUACCAUGGCAGAAUCUGUUCGUGUAGCUGUCAGAGUACGACCAUUUAAUUCUCGAGAGAAAGAACGAAAUUCACAAUGCUGUUUAAAAAUGAUAGACAAGAUGACUCAAAUUAUUGAUCCUGAAAAUCCAGAUCAACCACCUAAAGAGUUUUCUUUCGAUUUCUCUUAUUGGUCACAUGAUCAGUUUGAAACUGAUGAAAAUGGAAUUUUUGUUGGUACUAGUCCCCAAUAUGCUGAUCAGCGAAUGGUUUUCAAUGAUCUAGGUCAAGGUGUUUUAAACAAUGCAGUUCAAGGUUUUAAUUGUUCACUCUUUGCUUAUGGCCAGACUGGAGCUGGGAAAAGUUAUUCCAUGGUUGGUUAUGGUCCAAAUAAAGGUAUUGUUCCCAUCACCUGUGAUGAAUUGUUUAAACUUAUAGAAAGAUCUACUUCUGGUAUAGUAUAUCAAGUUACAUUUAGUAUGUUGGAGAUCUAUAAUGAGCAAGUUCGUGAUCUUCUCACACAAGAUAAUCCAAAAGGUGGACUUCCUGUUCGACAAAAUCCAAAACUUGGUUCAUUUUAUGUUCAAGGCUUGAAGUUCGUUGCAGUAGGAAGUUACAAGGAGAUAGAAGCAAGAACUGAGGAAGGUACUGCAAAUAGAACAGUUGCUUCAACUCAAAUGAAUGCCACUAGUUCACGUGCACAUACAGUAGUAACUAUACAGUUUGAUCAAAUUGAGAAAAACCCUGCAGGAGAAGAAACUAAAAAGCAAAGUGUUAUUAACUUAGUAGAUUUGGCUGGUUCUGAGCGAGCUGAUUCUACAGGUGCUACAGGAGAUCGUUUAAAAGAAGGAGCAAACAUAAAUAAAUCAUUAUCUUCGCUUGGUAAUGUCAUCUCUGCACUUGCUGAUCUUUCUAUGGGUAAAAAAAAAGUUUUAGUUCCUUAUCGUGAUUCUGUUUUAACAAAGUUGUUACAGAAUGCACUUGGUGGAAACAGUAAAACAAUCAUGAUAGCUGCUUUGUCUCCUGCAGACAUUAAUUAUGAUGAAACAUUAGGUACACUAAGAUAUGCAGACAGAGCAAAGAAGAUUAAAAACAAAGCUGUUGUUAAUGAAAAUCCAAUGGAUAAACUUAUUAGAGAGUUAAAAGAGGAAAAUGAAAAGUUAAAAAAAGCUAUGCAAAGUGGAGACUUUUCUUCACUAAUGGCCGGUGUUGGUGGUGGGGAAUCAGGAGGUGGAAUGACUGAAGAAGAAAAAGCUCAAUUGCGAAAAGAAAUGGAAGAUGAAAUAAGAGCUCAACUUGAAGCAAAUUCUUCUGCAAUGAUGAACUGGGAUGAUAAAUUAAAAGUUGCUAGAAGUGAAAUAGUUGAAGUAGAUGCAAAAGCAGAGCAAGCUAAAAGAGUACCUCAUCUUGUAAAUUUGAAUGAGGAUCCUAUGCUUUCAUGUGUUAUUUUACAUUUUUUGAAAGAAGGUCAAAUUCGUAUUGGUAGAAAAGAAUCAAGUCCAGAUAUUGCAAUGUCAGGUUUAAGUAUAUCAAGCGAACACGCAAUCAUAACUAAUAAAAAUGGAGAAGUCAGUGUUAAACCUGCCAAUUCAGGUGCAAAGACAAAAGUAAACGGAAUAGUAAUCACUGGAGAGCAAAUUCUGAAACACCAUGAUCGACUUUUGUUCGGGUCAAAUCAUAUGUACUUUUUUGUUAAUCCUUUGAAGAAAGAUGAAGGCUCUCCUGAAACUGUAGACUGGGAGUUUGCAAAUAAAGAAAUUGCUCAAGCAAAAGGUUUUUCAACAGCAGGUGGAGCUGGAUUAAGCAAAGAUCAGGUUCAAGCACAAGAACAAGUGUUAGAACUGUUGCCAAUGGUAAGUGAAGUAAAUGCAAUUAGUGAGGAACUAGACAAACAAAUGUCGUUUGAAGUGAUUUUAAUAUCUGGAGCUGCUCAAGGAGGAAGCGUUGAUAAAGGAACAAAAGUUGUUGUCAAAAUGAAGAACUUGUUAAAUGAUAAUGUUUGGCUUUGGGAACGAGGAAAAUUUACUAAUAGAAGAUAUUUAAUGCAGGAUAUGUACCAGCGUUUUUUGGAUGGUGAGAAUGUUAAAUCGACCAUUAAACAAGAGGACGAUCCAUUUUGGGAACCACCUGAGGAUGUUUUAAUAGGAACUGCAAAUGUGUUUUUGCAAAGUUUGUCAUAUGCUUUAGAUUUUGAUGAUAAACUUUCAAUUACAGAUUACAAGGGUUCAGAAGAAGGUAGUCUGGUAAUAAGUGUAGUUCCAUGUACACAACAAGGAAAAGCAUUAGAUGAAGACUAUUUUGUUGAUGAUCCAAAAGACCUGUUGGGAAAACCCUAUCAUUUUAAGGUUUUAUUACGCAGUGCAGAAGUACACAAAGCUCGCUAUUCUCAUGGUCUGUAUGUAAAGUUUCUUACUUUUGGAGAAAAGACACCAUUUGAAACUCCAGUUAUUAAUGGAACAUUGUCUCCACAGUUUAAUUUUAGUAAAAUAAUUUCCAUGCCUUCUAUAACUGAUGAUCAUUUAAAUUGGUUUGAACAUGGAUGUUUGUCAUUUAAUUUAUAUGGCAAGCAGAAUCCUAAUGCAAUUGACCAGAGAUUGGCUAAAAUGACAACUAAGGAACUUCGACAAAUGGAGUCCAUGCAAAGUAACAAAAGUAUAUCAAAACAUGCAAGUUUUAGAGAAAAAAGUUUUGGAGAAAUCGCUCAACUAAAAAGUGAAGUUAUUCUAUACAAAAGAAGGUACGAAAGAAUGAAACAAAAAGAAAAGCGUAUUCAGGAUUUAGUAAAUGAAUGGGCAAAUAAAGAUGAAAAAGAAAAAGAAUUUGCUGCAUUCCAUAGGGCCGUUCAAACAGCGGCAUUCUACGAACGAGGAAAACUCAAAUACAAAGUCAAUCUUUUGCAAUCAUAUCUCAAAAGUCAACCUGGUGUCGCAGAAAAUGGUGGGAAAAUUAAAACAGACGAAGUUAAGGUUCCAGUAGGCAGCAAAGCUUGCUCAAUACAGUAGAAAUCAAUUUAAACUAUAGAAAUUUUAAAAUAUAUAAUUAUAUACUAAUUAUUUUUAAUAUUAAAUUAUUUUAAAUUAUUU